AUGAAGUUUGGGGGGAAGGGGAUGAUCCAGCUGAUGGUACUGCUAUACAAUUGGGUGUGGAAAAACGAGUAUACGCCAAGUAGAUGGAGAAAAGGAGUGGUUGUGAACUUGUUUAAGAAAGGAGACAAGACUGACCCAGGAAAUUACAGGGGGAUCACACUGCUGUUCAACACAGUAGGAAAAGUGUUCUGUAAGCUGCUGAACGAUAGGAUAGUGGGAGUAUUGGAGAGGGAACAUAGCAUUAGUGAGGGCCAGGCAGGUUUCCGCAAGAAGAGGGGGUGCGUAGACCACGUAUUCACGGUAGGAGAAUCAAGGUAG